GUCUCUGUUCCCUCCCUCUGGGUCUCUGUCUCCCUCUCUCUGGAUUUCUGGUCCCCCUCCCUCUGGAUCUCUGUCCCUCGACAUUAGGUCUGUGUUCCCUGUCUCUGGAUCUCUGUCCUCUCUGAGUCUCUGUCUCUGGAUCUGCCCUCAGCCUUCCUAGGGCCUGUGCCCCUCCUUUUCUAGCAGCUGCUGCUCACACCCUGGCACCUGUUCUUGGCAUGGGACUGAGAAGAUCUCACCCACGUCCCCCGUCCCUACAGCUAGGCUCUGACGCCUGUCUUCUUUAAACUAGUGAUCCACAGCUAAAGUUUCAGCCCUCCUGGACCCUAGGCAUUGUUCUGGGGUCUGUAAGACUUCAUCACAAUCCAGGCUCCACUGAGAGCACAGAUGAGAACCCUCUCACCCUAAGCCUCCCCAGAAAUCCAGCCCCUUUUUCUCCAGGACCCAGGAAUCCAGGCUCCCAGUCUCCUGCUUCCCUCAGAUCCAGGAGGCCCAGAUGGGGGAACCCCGGGCUGGGGCCCCCCUGGACGAUGGCAGCGGCUGGACAGGAAGUGAGGAAGGAAGCGAGGAGGGCACCGGCGGCAGUGAGGGGGCGGGGGGCGACGGGGGCCCAGACGCAGAAGGUGUCUGGAGUCCAGACAUCGAGCAGAGCUUCCAGGAGGCCCUGGCCAUCUACCCGCCCUGUGGCCGGCGGAAAAUCAUCCUGUCUGAUGAAGGCAAGAUGUAUGGUCGGAAUGAACUGAUUGCCCGCUACAUCAAGCUGAGAACGGGAAAGACCCGAACUCGCAAACAGGUCUCUAGUCACAUCCAGGUUUUGGCCCGAAGGAAGUCGAGGGAAAUCCAGUCCAAGCUCAAGGCCCUGAAUGUGGACCAGGUUUCCAAGGACAAGGCUUUCCAGACAAUGGCCACCAUGUCCUCUGCCCAGCUCAUCUCAGCACCUUCCCUGCAGGCCAAACUGGGUCCCACCGGUCCUCAGACCCCGGAGCUUUUCCAGUUUUGGUCAGGGAGUUCUGGGCCCCCCUGGAAUGUUCCAGAUGUGAAGCCAUUCUCACAGACACCGUUCUCCUUGUCACUGACUCCUCCAUCUGCUGACCUCCCAGGGUACGAGCCCCCCCAAGCCCUCUCACCUCCCGCUUUGCCCCCACCUGCCCCAUCACCCCCAGCCUGGCAGGCUCGGGCUCUGGGCACUGCUCGGUUGCAGCUGGUGGAGUUCUCGGCCUUUGUGGAACCGCCAGAUGCAGCUGACUCUUACCAGAGGCACCUGUUUGUACACAUCAGCCAGCACUGCCCCAGCCCUGGAGCGCCCCCCCUCGAGAGUGUGGACGUCCGGCAGAUCUAUGACAAAUUCCCCGAGAAAAAGGGUGGUCUGCGGGAGCUGUAUGAUCGUGGGCCCCCCCAUGCCUUCUUCCUGGUCAAGUUCUGGGCGGACUUGAACUGGGGCCCGAGUGGUGAGGAGGUGGGGGCCGGCGGCAGCAGCGGUGGCUUCUAUGGAGUGAGCAGCCAGUACGAGAGCCUGGAACACAUGACCCUCACCUGCUCCUCCAAGGUCUGCUCCUUCGGCAAGCAGGUGGUGGAGAAGGUGGAGACGGAGCGUGCCCAGCUGGAGGACGGAAGGUUCGUGUACCGCCUGCUGCGUUCACCCAUGUGCGAGUACCUGGUGAAUUUUCUGCACAAAUUGCGGCAGCUGCCUGAGCGUUAUAUGAUGAACAGCGUCCUGGAGAACUUCACCAUCCUCCAGGUGGUGACAAACAGAGACACCCAGGAACUGUUGCUCUGCACCGCCUACGUCUUUGAAGUCUCCACCAGUGAGCGGGGGGCCCAGCACCACAUUUAUCGCCUGGUCAGGGACUGAAGGGGGACCCCAAAAGUGGCUCACCCUCCAGAAUACCCUCUUCUCCCAGGCAGGACCUCCAGCUUUCCCCGUGCUUCUAAUGUGGGGAGGGGACUGCUCCCUGUUAGGACUGUAAAAGCUGGGUGGUGAGUGGAAUGGGCUGGGACUGAGAGGGGAAGAUGGAUCCUGAUCUUGGAACCUCACAGGGGUGUCUGAAAGGACAGAUCACCCCCAGAUCAUUGGGCACUGAGGACAGGAGUGAGAGAAUCCCCGGGAUAGCACUGGUUUCUGUCUCUGACAGGUGCCCUCCCAUUUCUUUGCUCUGGAUGUUUUGGAGGGCCCCCAGUGACACAUGGGUUCCUCCCUCUGUUUUUCCACAUCUCCCUCUUCUCAAUCUCCCUCCUCUUACCACCUCCAUCUGGGGAACCCUGAUAUCAAAUAUUGAAGGUUAACCUUUUCUGUGCAGGGGCAGAGUCAGGUGGCCCUGGAAAUAUAUUAUUAUUUUUUUUUAAUAUAACGAGAUAUUUAUAAGUGGGUGUUAGGGUCGUGACUUUUUCUCAGCUGGGCAAGCAGCCUUUUAAUCUCAUGCCCUCUUCUAAAUGUGCCGUGGGGCUAGACUGUGUUGCCUUCCUCUCCUCCACCCCCCCCCCCCCCCCCCCACGCCCCCACCAAAUGUGUUGGUUUGUGUUUUGACAGAGGAUAAAGCUAUUUUACCAAAA